ACAGGAAAUGCCUGGCUGGCUGCUGUUGCUGCUUAAUACAGAAGGGGACCAGUAGCAGCCAGAGAAGCAGUGCUGGAAAGUCGGCAGCCGCCUGGUGAACAAGUGAGUUGUCCCUGUCGCUGCUCAAGUUUGCAUUUCUGCAGCUCCGGUUUUGGUUGCAUCGCAGUCAUGGGCUCCUGUCCUAUCAGCAUCCCUGGUGUCGCUGUCCUAGGCUUGGUCCUGCCAGGUCUGCUGCAUCUUUCUGCAAUUCAAUGUUGACGUGAAAGACACUAUGACCUUCAGUGGCCCUGUGGAGGAUAUGUUUGGAUAUACUGUUCAGCAGUUUGAAAAUGAAGAAGGAAAAUGGGUGCUGAUUGGGUCGCCUUUAGCUGGUCAACCUCAGAACCGAACAGGAGAUGUCUAUAAAUGCCAUGUGGGAAAGAACCAUGGUUCACCGUGCAUGAAGCUGAAUUUGCCAAAUGAUAUAUCCAUUCCUCAAGUUACAGAAGUAAAGGAGAACAUGACUCUUGGAGCGACUUUAGUGACAAAUCCCAAAGGAGGAUUUUUGGCAUGUGGGCCUCUGUAUGCUUACAAAUGUGGACGUUUGCAUUACACAACCGGCAUCUGUUCUAACAUCAGCUCCACUUUUAAAGUUGUAAACUCUGUUGCCCCAUCCGUGAAAGAAUGCCAGACUGAGCUGGACCUUGUCAUAGUACUUGAUGGCUCUAACAGCAUUUACCCUUGGGAGAGCGUGACACUGUUUUUGAACCGGCUGCUGCAGAAUAUGGAUAUAGGUCCACAACAGACUCAGGUUGGAAUUGUUCAAUAUGGAGAAAAUGUAACACAUGAGUUUAACCUCAACACUUACACAACAACAGAAGAUGUGCUUGCUGCAGCAAAUGCCAUUGUUCAGAGAAAAGGUCGUCAAACUAUGACAGCUCUUGGAAUUGAUACAGCAAGGAAGGAAGCUUUUACAGAAGCUCGAGGCGCACGCCGAGGGGUACAAAAAGUAAUGGUGAUUGUGACUGAUGGAGAAUCUCAUGACAAUUUUCAACUGAAAAGAGUGAUAGAGGAUUGUGAAAACGAUAACAUACAGAGAUACUCAAUUGCUAUUCUGGGCUCCUACAACAGAGGGAAUCUAAGCACUGAGAAAUUUAUUGAGGAAAUAAAAUCAAUUGCAAGUCAACCAACUGAAAAACAUUUCUUCAAUGUCUCUGAUGAAUUUGCUCUGGUUAAUAUUGUGGAAGCUCUUGGAGAGAGAAUAUUUGCCCUGGAAGCAACACAAGACCAACUGGCAUCCUCUUUUGAAAUGGAAAUGUCUCAAGCUGGUUUCAGUGCUCAUUACUCCCAGGACUGGAUCAUGCUUGGAGCAGUUGGAGCUUAUGAUUGGAAUGGGACUGUCAUCAUGCUGAAAGAUACUGUCUUUACCCCCGGAAAUGAUUCAUUUUAUAAAGCUUCAGAAGGAAAUGCACCUCUUGCAGCUUAUUUAGGAUAUGAAGUAAAUUCUGCCUCACUGCCUGGAGAUGUACUAUACAUUGCUGGCCAACCUCGAUAUAAUCACACUGGACAAGUUGUCAUUUAUAGAAAGACAGAUGAAGAUAUUGAAAUUAUCCAGCAAUUAAGUGGAGAACAAAUUGGCUCAUAUUUUGGAAGUGUUAUCACAACUGUUGACAUCAAUAACGACACAUUUACUGAUCUUCUGCUUGUGGGCGCUCCUAUGUACAUGGGAACUGAAAAAGAAGAACAAGGAAAGGUGUAUGUGUAUUCUUUGAAUGAAACAAGGUUUGAAUAUCAGAUGAGCCUUGAGCCAGCCAAGCAAACAUGCUGUUCAGUACUGAGAGACAAAAGCUGCACAAAUCACAAGAAGAAUGAACCUUGUGGGGCUCGUUUUGGGACCUCAAUUGCUCCAGUAAAGGACCUCAAUCUUGAUGGGUUUAAUGAUGUAGUCAUAGGAGCUCCUCUAGAAGAUGACCAUCGUGGAGCUGUGUAUAUUUACCAUGGCAAUGGAAGCAACAUAAGGAAAGAUUAUGCACAGCGCAUUGCAUCAGGUGGAGAUGGGGAAAAAAUGAAAUUUUUUGGUCAGUCUAUAGAUGGCAAAAUGGAUUUAAAUGGUGAUGGACUGACAGAUGUCACCAUUGGAGGCCUUGGUGGGGCAGCCCUCUUCUGGACUCGAGACGUUGCUGAGAUAAAUGCUUCCAUGAAUUUUAUGCCCAGCACAAUUAAUAUACAGAAGAUAAGCAAUGGCACUCAAAGAAAAAACGUGUCCAUUAACAGCACAAUUUGUUUUGAAGUCCGACUGAAGUCAAAGGAGGAUACAAUUUAUGCAAGGGAUAUCCAGUAUUGGCUCACACUUGAUGCACAAAGGAAGUCAUCUCGGAGUUUUUUCACAGGAACCCAAGAACGGAAGAUACAAAAAAAUAUCACAGUCAAUGGGUCAGAAUGUAUUAAUCAUACCUUCUACAUGUUGAGCAAACCUGACUUUCGCGACUCUGUGAAGGUUUUGCUAGAGUUCAAUUUUUCUGACCCUGAGAGUGGUGCUAUUCUUGAUGCUGAUCUGCCAAAGUCGAUAUUCGACUAUAUUCCAUUCACAAAAGAUUGUGGGAAAAAAGAGAAAUGCAUUACAGAUCUGCAACUGACUGCUGAUGCAAGACUGGAAAGAGACAGUACUUCUACGAUUGUCAUCAAGUCAAGUAAUUACAAAUUCCCAGUCCAUCUGCUUGUUCGGAAUAAAGGAGACAGUGCCUAUAAUACAAGAGUCAUAGUUCAAUAUCCUGCAAAUAUUAUUUUUGUUGGAACUGAGAGGAUUCAAAAAGAUAGCUGUGAAUUUGGGCUGAACAUCACCUGUAAAGUGGGUUACCCCUUCCUAACACCUGGAGAGGAGAUUUCCUUCAAUAUAGUAUUCCAGUUCAAUGUGUCUCUUCUCCUGGAAAAUACUACUAUUCAAUUGUCUGUCACAAGUGACAGUGAAGAGCAUGAUGAUACCCUUUUCGACAACAGAGGCAGCAUCACGAUAUCAGCAAAAUAUGAAAGUGGAUUGGUGUUUUCAAGGGACCCCAUUUUCUCUCAUGUCAUUAUUGCUGCGAAUGAGACAAUUCCUCCUGUUAUCAAUUCUCCUGAUGAUAUUGGGGAUGAAAUUAACAUCAGCUAUUCGAUUGUGAAAGGUGAACAUUUUCCAGUGCCAGAACUUACACUGCAAAUUUCAUUCCCUAACUUGACUUCAGUCCACAACCCUAUUCUGUACCUGACUAGGCUAUCAUUCACAGAGAAUGCAGUCUGCCGAAGAAGUCACCCCAUAGAUGUAUUAAUGAUUGAUGGUGGUCAGCCCCUCAUAACAUCAAGGAAAAAAGAGCCCCUAAGGGAUCCAGUUGUCGACUGCGAUUCCUAUGAGUGUACAACCAUUAACUGUACUCUGGCCCCAUCCGAUGUAACUCAGGUGAACAUUUCAGUCCGACUCUGGAAACCUACUUUUAUAAUGGCAAGUAUUCACAAUUCUGAAGUUAUUGUAACAGCAUUACUGAGGAGUGAAAAUUCAUCACUGAUCUUGAAAAAAGAUGAUGAAAAAAGAGAGAUCGUUAUUAAGGUUAUAAGAGAGCUUCUUCCUGGCCGGAUUCCAUUGUGGGUUAUUCUGCUGAGUGUUUUUGCUGGACUUCUGAUUCUUACACUACUUAUAUUUGCAUUGUGGAAGGCUGGAUUUUUCAACAGGCCAUUAAGAAAGAAAAUGGAGAAAUGAGGAGGGAAAUUACUACAAAAUAAACUGUAUCAAUUCUACAGUGAUCCGCUCUCAGGUCUGCCUCAGAAAUGUGACCAGAAAAUGCCAAAUCUAGUGUCAUCCAUAGAAAGCCACAAAGCUUCCUCGCACAUCAGCACAGAAUAACCAACGUGCCUAAUGCCAAAAAGGAAAGAAAUGAAAACGAACUGGAGCUCGAGUUGGAUAGAAGAAACAUAUUUUGAUUUUAUUUCUGGGCACAGACUGAAUUAGGAUUCAGUGCAGCUAACAUGGGGUGGUGUGGGAGGCUUUGGACUUUUGUUUCUCAACCAUCCAUUUCCCAGGUACAUGUGCAGAGUGAUUUUUCUUGGAGGGGUUUGCUAUUCAAAGAAAUAAGGUCAAAAAUUCCACUGGUUUGAGCGGGAAUCAGUCACUUUCCCAAAGUAGUUCUCUUGAUUCAGGCUGUCAUUAACAUUUAUGUCUUUUGGGUUUUUGGGGCUUUGAUUCCAAAAAUACAAAGCUAGAAGUGCAUUAUACUGAAAAUAUAGGAUAUACUUACAAAUAAUGGGUUUAGGACAAUAUCUUGAUGUCUAGGAGAAACAAUUCUACAAACUUGUUGUUGUUGUUUUUAAAUCAUCCCCCUGUAGAAAAGAAAUCAACUAGUCAAAGUUAUUAUUUUCCAAACAAGGUAAAAAAAAUGAACAAAAUGGGUGCAUCAGUAAGCUUAUGUUCCUUAUCUCAUUCUGUUAUGCUCACAUAGUGUCCAUUUGAGCUAUGCAUCUGGACCAAAAAAGCUUCACUCCUUCGCCAACAUGCAGUAGCCCUGUUCACAUGUUACAUGAUGCAAAUACAUGCAUGUAUCUGUUUGUAAGGAAAGAAUCAACAUGCAUUCAUGUUGCAUUUGAAACCAGGGAUGAGUACCUGGAUAAAUUAUAUGUUCAGCUGUACUUGUGUUGAGUAUAACAUGAGAACUACUUGAUGCAUGUAUGAAGUGUACACUGUACUUGGUUUGUUCAUACAGUUACUGUGAUGUCCGAACAGGGCUAGUGUGGGAUUAGAUAGCGGGCAAUACUUGCCUAACUUUGCACUGAGCAUGCUACCCCUGUGACAUUUUCUGUUUGUAUGAUGUGCAUACUGAGGUGUAGAAGCUACUUUGUGAAACAAAAUUCAUUUGUUGCCCCAAGGAUAGUGGCUUAGAUCCCAAUAUGUCUUUGUGCAAAUGGAAAGCUUUUCUGUUCAUGCAAGGUAAGAUUCCCAAUUCUUACUGAGUCCACGUUCUGCUGCAAUCCCAACAUCAUAUCUGAUAGUUUCACAGGGGGCACUCUCCAAGUCUCAGGGGCAGCUUUCAAGGGUUGGAGCAGAAAGUGGGGUGAAAGAAAAUUCCAUUUUGCAAGCAUCAUGAUGGAUCCAAGUAAUGCUCCUUAACAGACAUAUUUCCAGGUGUAACUGUGAUUUUUCUGUUCUCACUUGGUUGUAUCUGAACUGUUUCUCUUUCCUCCUCAGUAAAAUCAGUGGAGGGUAUGUCUAUAUGCGAACAAAAGUAUUCACAUGCUGUACCUGUUUUGCCCCAACUGUUUGGUGAGGCUUCCAAAACUUAUUUCCUCUUCCAUGCAUUGCAGCUGGGGGGAAGCUGUGGAGUGGCUGAAGAGCUCCUGAACAGAUAGAUAUUUAAAAUCUGCUAGCAGAGAAUCUUGCAACAAAGAAUAUCAAAGGCUACAAGUUCACACUUUGUUAAGCCUUUAAUUACAUUGUGCCAUGGAUGGUGCUGAGCUUCAGAUUAAUAAAUGUGUACGAAAAUGCAGUGGGAGCUAUUUCCAAAAAGGCAGGAUUCCCUUUUCGUGAUGCACAUAAAAUAUCACAUUUGAAUUCCAUUCUAUCGUGAUUCUAAAACCUUGAAUUGAGUCAUAAUUCAAUUUAAUUGAGGAAUUAAAGUCAGUCAUGUUAUGUAAAUUUAUAAUUUCAGUAGAAAACACAUUUCUAGAGGUUUUCCUCUUCCAACUGGUAUAAAAUAUUCAGCAGCUGUACCCCUUCACUGUAAGGAUCUUUCCUUCCAAAUUUAGGUAGCCAUUUAAAAUUGUAGGACGGCCGCCCUACAAAUUGGAAACAGAAAGAAAUGUAUGCCUCUCUUACUUUCUGAAGAUCCUCAACUGGAAAGAGGAUCUCUUUCUAAGAAAACUGUUUCAGACCUUUCCUGGAUGACAGAAAUAAUUGAGUAUGUUUAUGAAUUACCUUGAUUCAUUAGAAAAAAUUCUGACUAACUGUAAAUCCCUCAUCAUGUGGUGACCAAACAGUCAUUUCUAGCAUCCUCCAUCAUUUUCCUUGGCUGCUUUUGUCUAGCCUCAAUUAUGCAGAUUUGAUGGACUUGCAAAUAUGAGAUCGUUUGAAUCGGCCAUUUAAUUUAUAGGGAGAUUUCCUGGUGGGCCCAGAUAGCUACUGAUGGCUGAGCACCAGCAACUCUGCCAGUGCUUUGGGGGCUUCUUGGCUUAGACCCUUCACUGGUGAUCAGCCUCAGCUCACUAAUUAUCUCCUCCUGCACUGCACCCAGUUUGUGGGAUGACAGUAAGCCAGCGUCCAUUGGUAGGGCCAUUGAGUUCACGGGCCCUGCAGUGCUGCCUGUUAAAGGCUAUUAACCGGGCUUGUCCCAGGCCCAUUUUAACUUCCCUGCUGGCUCCUGGGUGAAAGGGUGACCAAAUUUUCAAUAGUUCAUUUUAGUCAUCUUUUCAAACAUUUUGGUGCUUAUACACACUCUCUAAAUAGACAAAGAAACACUUUAACUAAUUGUUGUUUAUUAAUGUGCUAAUACCACUGGAAUUUUGGAAAUGCUGAUAACCAUUUUGAGGAAAGAAUCUUGCACAUUGCAAACCGUAUUUGUUACUAAAACACAAAUUCUAAUGUCA